AUGCCUCUACAGCUCAAGGCGAGGAACUAUGAGGAGGCGAUCGACUCGUACAAUAAGCUGGAUGCGGUUCUGUCGCGCCUCUACGGCUCCAUGCUGCACGGCAGGGGCGUUGCUCGCUCCAUGCUGAAGCAGCACCAGCAGGCGGCUCUGGACUUGAAGCAGGCAGUGGAGAAGCAGCCGCACAAGGCAAACUACUGGGUGGAGCUGGGGCAGGAGUACACCCUUCUGAACGACUACUCCAAUGCGCACAGUGCCUUUGUCAAGGCAGUGGAGCUCGACCCUCACAACGACAGGGCCCGGCAAUUCCGAGGCAUGAGUGCGUUUGAGAUAGAGCACUACGCAGCAGCUCUGGAAGACCUCGUCCCUGCACUCACACGCGACCCGACCAACACCCAGCUGCUCACGCAGGUCGGGCUCUCGCUGCUGCGCCUCAACCGCUACCGCGAGUCACAGCCGUUCUGGGAGGCGGCCGUGCAGGCGGACCCUGGGGAGGCACGCCCGGGGGAGGAGCACCCAGGGGAGAAAAGCUCAGGGGAGGCACGCCCGGGGGAGGCACACCUGGGGGAGGCACACCCGGAGGAGGGCGAGGCGUGGGUGCAGAAGGGCAUCACACACCGCAUCCUGGGCGAGGGGGACAAGGCUGUGGACUCGCUGCUCAUGGCGCUCUCUGUGCAAGAGAACAUUGAUGCAUACCGCAACCUGGUAGCCACGAGGCGUUAUCAAGGGGAUCACUGGGGCGCCAUCGAGUGGUGCAACAAGGGGCUGGCGUUCCGGCCAGAGGACGAGGAGCUGCUGUACGUGCGCGCCUCCAUGCACCACGCGCUGGGCGACCAUGCUACAGCCCUCUCCUUUUACGACCAUCUCCUCGCAACGGCCACAGAGCAGCACAUGACGUUCAACCAGGCAGUCUCCUACUACCAGAGGGAGGUGCUGCUAUACACGGUGGCGCGGCUCGACCGGCCCUUCUCAGCCUUCCAGAUAGACGACGACAUGGAUGUGGACUUCAAGGUGGCGUGGCUGAACAGGAGGGUGCCUCCAGGCCUGCCCAACUACCAGAAUUUAUCUGUCCCCGCCAGCCAAUUGGAGGGUGCCACGUGGCAGUUGCUGCCACAGCUGUCAGAGGCGGCGUUGGCUGUGAUCGCAGCGGCCGAUGAGAUUGGAUGGCGGGCCCACUACGAUACGGAUGGCGUGAUGCCAAACAAGCAGCAGCUGCGCAUGGCAGGGCUGGCAGCCCUAGAUGUGAUGCAGCAGGUACGGGCCACGUGGGAGGCCAUAGCAGACGGGGGGCGCCUGCCAAGCAUUGUGGAAGACGACGACGAGGAGGGGGAGGAGGGCGAGGGGGCUAAGGAGGGGAGAGCCGGAGAAGAAGAGGAGGGCGAGGGGGAGUGGGACAAGCUCACGUCGCCCCCUAGGAUGCCGCUGAAGCGUUUUUCAGGCAGUGGUGGGAGUGGAGGGAGCAGUGGGGGCGAGUCAGUGCAGCUGGUGGGCAGUUGGAGGCAGCUGUUCCAGGUCAUGGUGCCGUGGCGACAACUCUCCGACCCCACCGAGCCGCCUCUCUGGAAGGCCAUGUUCAAGAACCAGCGAUUCCAGGGCAAUUUUCAGUCGUUCACUCCGAUCCACACGUGGAAGCAGCUCAGCGCCAAGUACAAUGCCAUCUAUGACAGGGCAGUGGAAGUGACGCGGAGGGGGCUACUGGAGGGGCAGCAAGCAUUGGAUGAGGAUGGCAACGUUAUCCCUGUCCCCCGUGACGUGUAUGGACCCAAGAUAGAAGCAGCGAAGGGCCAUGAGGGGCUGUACCAUGCAAUUGGUCGGGACUUCUAUCUGCGCCUGCCCUUGCACAGCAUGGCCAAACCUGGGACGGUCUUGCAUGGAACAGAGUUCAAGUUGGAAAAGAAGGCGCUGUCAAUCGACUUUCAGACGUACACCAAGAACUCUGCCACGCAGUGGGGGCAGCUGGAUGAUGAGCUCACUGCCGCCUGGGAGAGCCUGUCGGCGGCGGUGCUAGAUCUGCCCACGAGGGCCACGGACAGCAGCCUGUACCAGCAGCGCAUUCGGGAGAACAUUCUGCGCAUCAGCUACUACUGGUUCCAGCUCAUGCCGCUGUCCCGCGGGUCCGCCAUGGUGGGGCUUGUUUCCAUCCUCGGCCUUUCCAUGGCUGCUGACAUGGAAACCACUGCGCGCAUCCCAAGGGAUGUCCUGGUUGACUGGGAAGGGCUGUUUGCAACUCGCUUUCAAGACUUCUACGAUGCGGUUGCUCCUUGGCUCUAUUCUUCUGUUAAGCGGUCGCCUUGGCACCUCCCUAUUGUGCGAGAGGCGCUGCCAACCACACGCCACGUACUGGCUGCUCUGAGCUACAAAUGA